CCCAUGGGAUGCUGAUUCUUCUCCCAAGAGCAGGCAGGACAGCAUGGCCGUGGCCCUGGACGCAAUCCUCGCUCGGAUCAAAGAUGUUUGUAAAAGGAACGGGCUGCUCAUCCUCUCCGUGUUGUCCGUCACCAUUGGCUGCCUCCUGGGAUUCUUCCUGAGGACAAGGCGACUCUCCCAGCAGGAAAUUAGUUACUUCCAGUUUCCUGGUGAGCUACUGAUGAGGAUGCUGAAAAUGCUCAUUCUCCCUCUGGUUGUCUCAAGCUUGAUGUCUGGGCUGGCAGCCCUGGAUGCCAAGACUUCCAGUCGCUUGGGAAUCAUAACUGUCACUUACUACCUGUGGACAACCUUUGUGGCUGUGGUUGUGGGAAUAAUUAUGGUGUCCAUUAUCCACCCUGGUGGAGCAGCACAGAAGGAGAGCACUGAGGAGGGUGGAAAGCCCAUCAUGAGCUCUGCAGACGCACUGCUGGACUUAAUCCGGAACAUGUUUCCAGCCAAUCUUGUUGAGGCCACAUUCAAGCAGUAUCGCACCAGGAGUAUUCCCAUCAUUAAAUCGAACAAAGCAGCGCCCGAGAGCAGCACUCGCCGCAUCAUCGUCUACGGCGUGCAGGACGAGAACGGCUCCAACGUCCAGAACUUUGCCUUGGAUAUCACCCCCCCUCCUGAAGUGAUUUACAAAUCAGAGCCAGGUGCCAGUGAUGGCAUGAAUGUACUUGGGAUUGUGAUAUUCUCUGCCACGAUGGGUAUAAUGUUGGGAAGAAUGGGGAACAGCGGCGUCCCUUUGGUCAGCUUUUGCCAGUGUUUGAACGAAUCUGUCAUGAAGAUAGUGGCAGUUGCUGUUUGGUAUUUUCCAUUUGGAAUUGUGUUCCUAAUAGCUGGCAAAAUCUUAGAAAUGGAUGACCCCUCAGCCAUUGGGAAGAAGCUGGGUUUCUACGCCAUUACGGUGGUGUGCGGCCUGGUGGUGCACGGACUCUUCAUCCUGCCAAUGAUGUACUUCUUCAUCACCAAGAAGAAUCCCAUUGUCUUCAUCAGAGGGAUCCUUCAAGCCUUGCUCAUUGCUCUGGCCACAUCCUCCAGCUCAGCCACUCUGCCUAUCACUUUCAAGUGCUUGCUGGAGAACAACCACGUGGACAGGAGGAUCGCGCGCUUCGUGCUGCCCGUGGGAGCCACCAUCAACAUGGACGGGACCGCGCUCUACGAGGCCGUGGCCGCCAUCUUCAUUGCCCAAGUCAACAACUACGAGCUGGACUUUGGGCAGAUCAUUACCAUAAGUAUCACAGCAACAGCUGCCAGCAUAGGUGCUGCAGGCAUCCCACAGGCUGGCCUGGUGACAAUGGUGAUUGUUCUCACCUCGGUGGGGCUCCCAACAGACGACAUCACGUUGAUUAUUGCCGUCGACUGGGCACUAGACAGGUUUAGAACGAUGAUCAAUGUCCUGGGGGACGCGCUGGCUGCUGGGAUCAUGGCCCACAUCUGCCGGAAGGAGUUCAUCAAGGAUGGUGACGAGGUGCCAUUGAUCUGUGAAACUAAGCCUAUUAACAUCCAUCAGAUUGUGGCUUACCAGAGGAAUGGCUGUGUGAAGACCAUGAAUGAAUCUCGUGGACCAGAAACAGUGAAAGAGUUGCAGCACCAUAUACCCAUACAAGUGGAGCAAGAAGAAACUCCAGUGGAGAAUCACACUAAGAAAUCCAACAGUAAAGACCACUGCACUAUUGAAAUAAAUGAACUAGAAACAAAUGUGUGACUGCUACACUCAGAGGUAUCUCACACCCCAGUGACCUGAUACCAAAUCUCUACCUCACAGCUGGAAGAAGGACUCUCUGCCUUGAACAGGAAAAUGUGGAUUUAUCGCCACCCUGCUUGUACUGGAGCUAGGAGACCAGCUGUGAACGUCAAGAAAGGCACACAGCUUGCAAGAGACAUGGGCUUAUUUAGGUGGAAGAUUCUACUACUGAAAAUUAACUAAUGGACUGCUACUGUUUUAUUCUGCACUCACUGACUUCAAUAUAGUAUUUGACACUCCUUUGUCUUCCUUUUUUUAAAAGCUUUUUUUUUAUUUGACCCUUUUUGAUUUUCUAACCAAAGCCUUUUUUUGUGAAUCUCAGUAAUUACCAACACUGUAGAAUUUUUGCUAUGUGAAAAUGUUUCACCAAAAUUGCUACAGAUACUAAUUUUGUCUCAUAUUCACUAAAUAUAGAGUUUGUGCUUAGUUUUAGAACAGCAGUAAGAAAAUCACACUGAUUUCCUGAUCUCAAGGUGUUACAUCUAUUCCUAAAUAACAGUGCAAGCACAGGGGAAGUGAAUUGUGCAUUUGUGAAAGAAAGGUCAUUUAAGUAAUUGUGAUGAACAGCUUUCAGAGACAGGCAGUCAAGUGUGAUAUCUAACACAAAGAUUUCCUAGGUCACUGCAGAGCACAGUUUGCCUUCCAAGUGCCAGAUUUAUUAACCUUUUUUUAACCUAACUCUUCAGUAACGUCAGUUGCAUGCACAUGCAGUGGCAGAGGCGAUGUGAGCUCUAAUCCAUAAGCACUGGUGCUAAUGUGUCCUCUCCUGUAACCUAUAGGUUGUUCCACUGUAAAUAUAUGUUCUACUGUAUAAACUCAAAGCUCAAGCUCAUGAACAAUGUGCUGCGUCCCAAGGGCAGACUGAACACAAAGUGGGACCUGAUCAUGCUGAGUUAAAAUGGGGUUUUGUGAGGAGUUUGCUGUGGAAACUGCCCCAUUAUUUCUCAUAAUUCAGUUGACAGUCACUCCCUUUCCACUGUCUACUGAAUCUUUCAUUUACAGUAAAAUCUGCUGCAUAUGUUUCCAAUGUUUGUGAUAGAGAACAUUUUUAAUAAACCUGCCAUUUAAAAA